AUGACACGAAACGCUGUUGAAAAGGCUUUGGAGAUACUCCAGCGUGAUCAAAUCGACGAAGAGCAUUCACAUCUCCUAAUUAAACCUAUCGUUUUGGCUUGUCAGACUAGCUCGUCUUCCAUCAUCACCCUCUCCUUAUCCGCGUUAUCAAGGCUCAUUAAUCUCAAACUAGUUUUACAGCCCGUCGUUAGCACCGUUAUCGCUAUCAUACGCCAACUAAUCUCAAAAGGCUUCGAGAUUCAACUUAAAAUACUCCAGAUUCUACUCUCUCUUUUCAACACUACGUCUGAUCUACACGCUGACGAGAUUUCUGAAUGUCUUGUCAUUUCGUUCAGACUGCAAGACUCAAAGAUGUCUGUUGUCUCCAGUACAGCCUCUGCAACUCUCAUGCAACUCGUCUCGAACGUCUUCGAGAGAGUAAGGGAGGAAGACAAGCUCGACAAGAGCAUCCUCGACAGUCGGCCAUCUCUCUUUGUUGAUUUAGAAGAUGGAACGAGUGUACCUGUUGCACCUAAUGCCUUUGCAGCUCAUUUACUCUUUGCAGACGCUAUCUCACUUUUGAACGGGACGAAAUUACCAAGCUACAUCAAUAUAGGUCGCUUACCGACAGAUUCAGCAUUAGACUUGGUAGAGAGUUGUCUCAAAAACCAUAUUCACCUCUUCAAAACUCAUCCCUCUUUACUUUACCUUGUCAAGAAGCAAUUAUAUCCCAUCAUACAGUCAAUGCUUAACGACAAGCACAUGAGGUUCGCCGUCGGAAUUAGACUUAUGCAAAUCACACAGAUACUCGUCGAUGGUUUUCUAGAUGAUAUGGUUCAAGAAUGUAGAGAGAUCUGGACUAAUCUCAUCCAGAUACUGGAAUCAAAUGAUGGUCAAUCUUGGAUGAAAUGUAUCAGUCUCGAGGUCACACAGUCUUUAUUUUCCAAUAGAGCAAUCGUUAUCAAUCAAUACCAGCAGUUGGGGAAAGAUAUAUUUAACAGCCUUCUCACGGCAAUAGCGAGAUUUGUUGGUGAGAAGGCACACGUUAUGGGACAUAAUAGUGACAUGUCAGGGCUGGGCACACGCUACAUACCCAAGGAACCUGCUACAGUUGACGCAUCUUCGUAUAGUUAUGUUGGAGAAGUAGCAGCGAUGGUCGGUACCAACACUGCAAAUCAACCCACACAUUUCUCUCAGCGACAGUUCAAGCUGAGUGCUGAUCGCAAAAUAAAAUUGCGUAUGAUGGAUCAGAGGGAUAAACACGACGCGCCGGCCAUCAGUGAUGUAAGCUCUCUCUAUGUUGCACUGCUUAUUAUACUGGACGUAUGCAAUGUCUUCAAAACAAUCGUGAAUAGUGAAAAUUUGGCCAAAGAAAUGAUUGUCGAUUCGUGGCCACCUAUUAUCGCAACUCUAAGUCAAUACCUCAAUGGUGAAAUAGAUGACGACAUAUUCGUCAAGUGUAUAAAAAGCGUAGAGAAUAUGGCCGUUGUUAGUGGUACGCUGGGACUGGAAGUUUCACGCAAUGCAUUUCUGGGAUUGCUGUACGGCUUGUCAUGCCCGAAUAUGGCCAUUAAUGCGAUAGUGAGGUGGAACGAAAGAAGGAGCGAUAUAGGCAGCCCCUCAUUGGAGAGUAUGAGCAAGAACAUGAGUAUAGGCAUGACUCCAACUACAGCGACUGUACCGACAUCGUCUACGUUCUCAUACCCACCGCCAAGACUAUCGAACAGGAACCACAUAUGUCUUGGCGUUCUGAUCAAUCUCACAGCUGUACUGUCGAAUCUGUUAGGUGAUUCUUGGUUUGAUGUGUUGGAAACGUUGCAGAAUGCACACUAUGUUCUUGACUCUCAUCUGGAUUAUGAGAGAAAGCAGAAGCAGUACAUACCUUCAGCUGAACAAGGUACUACUACGGCUAUUGCUGAUAAUGUUGCGGUAAAUAUUGCCCAAAAUUCAUCAGACGCUAGACUGUUAUAUGAUAAUAUAGAAGAGAUAUUCAAGCACAGCGUUGAUUUCAACGAAAGGUCGUUAGAGAUUUUCGUACAUGCGCUUUGUCGAUUGAGCGUGGGAGAUGGAGUAAACGCGGCAGCGAAAUCGCCCAGAUCGAGUACACGCACAUCAAUUGAAGGUAAUAGAGCUUCGGGGGGCAAAGAAGUGAGGUCUUCUGUAUUCGCAAUAUCAAAAAUCGACGUAGUUGGACAGCUAAAUUUGCGCAGAUUGAUGAUUGGAGAUGCUAGAGGAUGGUUAAUGGUUAUUGAGACUUUAUUGAUGGUGGUUGGUGGAGAUAUAUUGGAAUUCGAUAGCAUACUGCGUGUGGAAGCUUCGGAAGUAUUGAAUAGAUUGCUCAUCGGCGGACUGAGUGCUGCGCAAGGUGAUUUCAAAGAGAAUGAAAAGAUUGACAAGGCGGCUAUACAGAAGAGUGUAUUAAACGCUCUGAAAGAUCUCUCUAGUCUUAAUCUGGAAGGUGGAGGAUAUUCGGUUAACAAUAUUCUCAAGACAAUACGCGAAUCAGGGUUAGACACUUUACACAAAUGCCUGGAGAGCGCCGGAGACGGUUUGGUAAUUGAAUGGGAUAGUGUUUUAAAUAUUUUAGCAACAAGUACACAAAGCAAACAGCCAACUGAGAUAAAAAAGGCGUUUGAAGUCGUCAACCUCGUAUGUAACGACUUCUUGGAUGAGUUGAGCGUCGGGCAGAUUGAAAAUUGUGUAAAAGUUUUAAGUAUGUUUGUAAAGACGGACGUAUAA